UUCUUAAGUCGACCAUUUUACUGCAAAAUAUUUAACCCUACCCAAGGUAAACAAUGCCAUCAUUCAUGGGCUAGAUAUGGAAGGCUUGUCAAUUGAUAGAAUGCCAAAUUUCCAUAAAAAACAUUUUCAGAUGAAAAUCAUUAAUGUUUUCAUAUGCCAUGCUGGCUGACAACGCAAACGACUUCGAUGACGAAAACGUUGACAACAUAAAAAUGUUGCUGAUGCUUGUCAACAGCCAAAUAAACAAGAAUUCUUCUUCUUCUGCCGCCACAUCCAUCCGAAGGGAAGUUGUUGUCAUUUAACCACAUCACACAUUGAGAGGCGAUUGUGUUUGGGCGGGUCCACAAGGAUAGUGGAGUUACCCAAUGAAAUGUUUCUUAUACGCCUUUGCAUUUAAACUUUAAGAAUGAAUUGCCAAAUCUUCUGCUUGCAAAUCCCUGUUUUGCUUCAAUUGCACCAAUUUUCCGCUGUCUAUGUUUUAUUGGCGACAUUGUUGUGGGCAUCAAAUGAUUGUUUAUAUGGGUGAAUGUGUUCUCCGACUAACUAAAGGCCUGAGUUGUCUGUCACCAUCUUAGCACCCUUCCAUAACGUCGCGAUCCAAUAAUAAUUGAUGAUAUGAAGGCAACAGCCCUAACAACCUGUCUGACAGCUCAAACGGCUACCGCAGCGACGACACAUCCUCAUGACUCAGCCACACCCCUUGUAAGUCAUAUUGCAUCGGCCGCUUCGGCAGCUUCGAAUGCGGGCAGUAUAGCAACACCGACAAAUUCCACCGCCUCUUCGUCCACCUCAUCCACAACGAAUACGACAAAAUUGAAAUCGGCCCUUAAGGUGCCCAAAGUGAGUUUUGCUCCGCUAGAUUUUGUGCCGCCACCGCAUAUCACGUGAUACGAGAACAUGCCGCAUAACAACAUCGUUUGCGAGUGGCUGAGGGCACUGGGCCUGCAACAAUAUGCGGAAAGUUUUCUAGAGAAUGGCUACGAUGAGUUGGAGAUAUGCAAGCAGAUAGGUGAAAUCGACUUGGAUGCCAUAGGGGUGGACAGUGCGCAACAUCGUAGCAAACUGUUGAAGAGUGUGCGAACCCUAAGGGAGAAGGGUGCCGCUCUGGUCUAUGUGAUGAUCAAUGAUCCCAAGGCUUUGAGCAGCAGUAAUGAGAUUUUGGCAACAGAAUGUGAUACCCCCACAACCAUGAAGGAACUGGAGGCGUUGGUCAAGCGGCAUCUGGAGGCAGAUGGAAUACGGCUGACAGCGCAUCCCUAUUCGACACCGGAAGGAAAACGUGGCUAUUUGGAAGGUUUGGCCAGUCACUACAGCAAAGAGAUCAAUAUGCCUUAUGAAGAUGUCCUCGAUGCCAUUGAGCUGGCCAGAGUGUCCAAGUGGAAAGAGCGUCACUUGCGUAUGGGCUCACAAACUACCGGCGGCUCGAAUACCCUAAGACGUGGUGCCAGUGCGGGGGCUGGCACAAGCUGUGGCAUGGGCGUCAGUGCCAUGAUAACUGGCAAUAUAGCCCAUCAAUCCAUUAUGCCGGCUAGCCAUAGUCAGCCUUUGUAUGUGCCUGGCAAAUAUCUGCCCUCGAGCUGUUUAUCGAAUCGUGAAGAGAAUGAAAUCUAUAGCUAUGCCCAAAAUGAUUUGUCCAAUCGCAUGGCACGUAAUGUUAUCGAUUCCAAGUCAACGGUUAAUUUAAGUUCAACAGGAAGUGGUGUUGGUGUGGGCGGUGUAGGCGGUGGCGGCGGCGGUGGCAUGCAGCACAGUUAUCCUGGAGCACGGUCAAAUUUCUUUUAUGAAUUCUCGGCAACAGAAGGACGUAACAAGCGCAAACGACAUACCACGGUCUUUGCACGUUUCCUCAAUGGUCUACGCCAGGGUGCCGAAGAACUUAAUCCAGCUGAGGGCAUGCAAUUAAAGACUUCGGAGAAGAUGAAAAGCUGUGGCACCAUGAAACGAGUUGAACCGCAUCAGAAUUUUGAGGAGACCAUACAAAGGUUAAAAAAUCAAAAUGCCCGAAAGAAGUCACAGCAUGACCGAGGCAUACAUGACCGCAGCAAGGAUAUCAAUACGCAUAGUGUGACAACCAAUGACAUGUCCUUAAAUAACUACACCAAACAUCCGUAGGCCAUGGCAAUAAGGAAUGCUGCAUCCUAUGUGGAGUUGGUAAAUACCAAUGCAACUGCCAACACCAACAUCAAGAGCAACACUUCCCAACUGAAUACGGAGAGGCAGGACUAUGGAGAGGAAGCGAUAUAUUCGUUCAUUAUGUAAUCAUAAUCAUUCAUUCGUCACCAGAAGGAAGGAAAUGGAAGCAGCAUCAGCAGGAGGUAAACACUUUGGCAGGGACAACACAAACACAAACUGUAAACUGUAAACUGACACAACAACAACAUCAGGCCAAUAAAAAAAAGGGAGGAAGAAAGUAGAAACAAUCACCAAUGGUCACGAUGGGAAACACAUGCCUUGGAAUGGGAAUCAACAUCAACAACAUCGUCAUAGCGAUGUUUGAAUAGCAACAGCAUUUCUGAUCAUCAGCUACAUGGAAAAGCCACCGUGUUGCAGAUGUUAACACAUGACUUUGAAUGCCUAGGUUCGAAUCCUGUCGAGAACAUCUAAAAGCAUUAUAAGCAGUAGUUUUCCCCUGUGACAAGACUCAAUAAAUAUGCAGGAAGUCUUCCCCUCUUCCCUUAUACUUCACAGUGAAUGUUUGUGGAUAGAUUUGCAAGUUUGCUUAUAGAGUUGAAAGUUCUUUUUGACAAAUCUUGAUAAUCAUAACGCUAACUUUUCAUAUAGAUUUACCUUGUCAAAGUUUGCCGAGUUUAGUAUAAAAAUAUGCAUAUAACCAACAUCAUUUAAAGUAAAGAAAUGUGCCAAAACAAAAACAAAUUUUACAAAAAUUGCCAAAUUAAGUUGUAAUUUAAAACCAAUAAUAAUAUUACGCUAUUAAUACAACUGAUUGAAAGGAAAUGGAAAAAAUAUAAUCACCAAAAAAUGGAAUACCUCCUCCAUUAGUUAAAAGUUUAACUAAACACAAACAGGACACACAUAUAUCUCAAAUGCCUAAACAAAACAAUAAGAAAAACUUUUAAUAUUCCAAAAAAAAGAACCCAUGCAGCUAUAAUAGUCUAUAAUUAAUUACAAUGUGCUGCCAAAAAUUAUACUUUUAAUUAAAAGUAAUUUGCCUAAGGGACUAUGGACUAUUUUUUCAAUAAGCAUUUUGUCAGUUAUAGAGGAAAUAGAAUUAAUAAAAAAAUCUGUUUUUUAUAUACAUCACCGAAAGAGAAAAAGAAAAAAACACCCUGAUGAUGGACACACAAAAUUUAGUAAAAACAUGUUCUUUCAUAUACACAACAUAUUUAUGCAUGUUAUAUUGAAAAUUUUUCACUAAAAAAAGGGAAAACAAAUUUCUACAACAAUAAAAAACGCUGAAAAUGACAAAUGUACAUUAAACGAUGACUCUUGAAAUGGAUCUAUGAAACACUCUAACACACACACACACACAGCCAUACCUACAAGCAGAGGUAUUUUAAAGAGAAUUUUAAUAUUUAUUGCCUAUGAUGAAAUAAACAUUCAUAUACAUACGUAAUUGCAAACAUAUAUACCUUUAUAAUAGAUGCAUAUAUAUAUAUAUAUACAUAUACAACUACAUAUAUAUAUAUAAAUUUAUUUAUUUACACCCAUACUUACCAUAUACAUAAAAACUUAUUUAUA